AUGGCGUGGAUUAAUUCGCCAUCGGAAACAUCGGCGCGCCGAAAGCGAGUUAGCUCAUCUCUCGUUGUCUCGCUUCACUGCGCUUCUUCUUCUGCGCUUGCAGACAGAUCGACCGACUCAGAGGUUCAGGCAUGGCAGCUACAAGAGCACUCGCCCUCUGCGUCCUGCUGGCGAUCGCCGUCGCCAACGCCGAGGCGGCGUCCAUGGUCGUCGGCCUGGCCAAGUGCGCUGACUGCACCAGGAAGAACAUCAAGGCCGAGGAAGCCUUCAAGGCUCAGGUCUUCAGGUGGCGACUACGAGAGCAAGGCGGUGGGUACCCUCGACCGCACCGGCACCUUCAGCGUGCCCCUGGCCGCCGACCUCCACGGCGCCGACUGUGUCGUGCAGCUCCACAGCGCGUCCUCCAACGCGCCGUGCCCCGGCCAGGAGCCGUCCAAGAUCAUGCCGGUGUCCGAGGGCACCACCUACAACAUCGUUGCCGGCGACAACACCGCCACGCCGUCCGCGGCAUCGCCGGAGUGCGCGUCCAUGACCCUGUGCGGGCCGAUCAAGAAGCACAUCAUGGAGCACUUCCACCACAAGAAGCCCGUGCCGCCCAAGCCGGAGCCCAAGCCUCAGCCCCACCUGGACUACGGCCCCGUGCCCAAGCCCGAGCCGAAGCCGCAGCCCCACCCGGACUACCACCCCGUCCCUCCCACGCCCACCUACGGCGGUGGCGGUGGCGGUGGAUACGACGAACACCACUGAGUCCGGUCUACCACCGUCCUGCCCAGCGAUGAAAUCUCAUCAGCGGGUUGUUUGUCAGUGAGUGAUCGACUUUGCUAUUUAUGAUCGGUUUGCAUGGGUGGGUGCAUUGUUUGGUCUUCUGCCAUUCGCUGCCCCGUUUUAGUAACUGCACUGCAUAGCCGAGAGUUCAGAAUAACAGCUCUACGCGUGUGUGUCAGGCGAGUGUGAGGGUGUGGUUGGUGUGUUGCUUCUGUAAUUUCGGUGAGUUGUCUUGUAGUACAAGAGGUUUUUAUGAAUCAAGUCGAUUUUGUCAACCGAA